AUGGCUCCCAGCAUCAUCGAAAACUCGCCUGAGGCUUCCCCUGUGGAGCAGGAGUAUUGUACUUUGGCACAGUUUAAGCCGAAGUCAGCUCCCAAGCCAGUCAUGCAACCAAAGGAGAGACGCUCCGUUCGAAUUCCAGACCUGUUCUCUUCCAUAAUGUCCCCCAGGCCAGUGGUGAACCCCCACUACUUUAAGGUCAAAGUCGACGGCGAAAGAUGGAUUGCAAAGCUCAUGAAAUGGGAUCAAAAAAUGAUUGCGAUGAACACAAGGGUAGAUUUUUGCUACCUUGCCUCCUUAUGGGCUCCGACAGCCGACGAAGCGGCGCUACGUGUUGUACUUGAUUGGGCUCAUUGGGUAUUCCUCUUUGAUGACCAAUUUGAUGAGGGUCACUUAAAGGAUGAUCCCGCGGCGGCACAGGAUGAGGUCAACCAGACUAUGGCCAUCAUGGAGGAAGGUGCGGCGUUGAUAAGCCCGGAAGAAAACCCGAUUCGCCAUGUAUUCCAGACCUGCUGGUUACGGGUAAAGGAGAACUCAACUCCAGAAUUUCAACAGCGGUACAAGAACCAACACAGGGGAUUCUUCGACCAACUUGUGGUACAAGUCCAGAAAGAGUCGAUAGGAGAGUCCCUGAGUAUGGAUGUGCAGACAUUCCUAGAGGUCCGUAGGGGAACGGUUGGGGCCUCCCCUGCUAUUGCACUCGCAGAAUACGGGGCAGGAGUCAAUCUCCCGGAACACGUUUAUUCCCACCCAGCUCUACAGGAAAUUGUCCAUAUAUCAGUGGACCUUGUACUUCUGGUUAAUGAUGUCUUGUCAUUCCGAAAAGACCUGAAUUUGGGUGUCGACCAUAACUUGAUCGCAGCCCUGAUGUCGCAGGAUAGGACACUCCAGCAAGCUGUUGAUGAAAUCGGUUCCAUGCUCGACAAUUGCUACAGGCGAUGGUAUACUGCACUUGCUCAAACACCCGUCUACGGAGAAGAAAUAGAUCUUGCGGUACUCAAAUUUGCGGAGGCCUGCCGCUGCACAGCUGUUGGCAAUUUGCAUUGGGGCUUUAAAACAGGCCGAUACCUUGGCUCAGAUGGCGGCGAUGUAAAGGAGACACGCAUCCUGUAUCUUCCAGGUUAA